GCUGCGCUGUGGUUGGCCGCCGCGGAUGGUGGAGCUGGGGGUGGAGCCCGAGGAGGAAGACAGCCGCAACGAGGAAGAGGACUCGGUUCGGGCCAUGGAACGCGCGCAGGCGGGGGUGUUAACCGACUCGGCGGGUUAUGAUCAAGUGGCGCCAGCAGGAAGUACUUCAUCCAGAGUCAUAGUACAUGUGGAUCUGGAUUGCUUUUAUGCACAAGUAGAAAUGAUCUCAAACCCGGAACUAAAGGGCAAACCUUUAGGGGUUCAGCAGAAAUCUUUGGUGGUUACCUGCAACUAUGAAGCUAGGGGACUUGGAGUAAAGAAACUUAUGACUGUUAGAGAUGCAAAAGAAAAGUGUCCACAGCUGGUGUUAGUUAAUGGAGAAGACUUGACUCGUUACAGAGAGAUGUCAUAUAAGGUUACAGAAUUGUUGGAAGAAUUUAGUCCAGUUGUUGAGAGACUUGGAUUUGAUGAAAAUUUUGUGGAUAUAACAGAAAUGGUUGAGAAGAGACUGCAGCAGCUUCAAAGUGAUGAACUCUCAGCAUUGACUGUGUUGGGUCAUGUAUACAAUAAUCAGUCUAUAAACCUUCAUGACGUCUUGCACAGGAGACUACUUGUUGGAUCUCAGAUUGCAGCAGAGAUGCGGGAAGCCAUGUGUAAUCAGCUGGGUCUCACUGGCUGUGCUGGAGUGGCUUCCAAUAAGUUACUGGCAAAAUUGGUUUCUGGUGUCUUUAAACCAAAUCAACAAACAGUCUUAUUACCUGAAAGCUCUCAAGCUCUCAUUCAUAGUCUGAAACACAUAAAGGAAAUGCCUGGUAUUGGUUAUAAAACUGCUAAACGCCUUGAAGCACUGGGCAUCAGUAGUGUGCACGAUCUUCAGACUUUUUCAAGCAACAUACUAGAAAAGGAAUUAGGAAUUUCUGUUGCUCAGCGUAUCCAGAAGCUCAGUUUCGGAGAGGAUAAUUCUCCUGUAACAGCCUCAGGACCACCUCAGUCCUUUAGUGAAGAAGAUUCAUUUAAAAAAUGUUCAUCAGAAGUCGAAGCUAAAAGUAAGAUUGAAGAACUACUUGCUAGUCUUUUGAACAGAGUAUGCCAAGAUGGAAGGAAGCCACAUACAGUAAGAUUAAUAAUCCGUCGGUAUUCAUCUGAGAAAUACUCUAGCCGCGAGAGUCGUCAGUGCCCUAUUCCAUCCCACAUAAUUCAAAAGUUAGGAACAGGAACUUAUGAUGUGAUGACCCCAAUGGUUGAUAUACUUAUGAAACUUUUUCGAAACAUGGUGAAUGUGAAGAUGCCAUUUCACCUAACCCUUUUAAGUGUGUGCUUCUGCAACCUUAAAGUAGUAAAAACUGCUAAGAAAGGGACUAUUGAUUAUUACUUAACACCGUCAUUAUCAACAACUUCACACUCUGGCAAGCGCAGUUUUAAAAUGAAAGAUGCUCAUUUGGAGAAUUUUUCCAAAGACAAAGAAACAAAUUGGAAUAUUCUACCAACUGGAAGAAUUGAAAGUAUAAGAACUGGGGAGUCUCCACUAGGUUCUAUAAAUUUUUCCAAAGAAGGCAGUGAUGAAUUCCCACUCUCUUCACUUCCUGAGGGUAUUGACCAAGAAGUCUUUAAGCAGCUUCCAGUAGAUAUUCAAGAAGAAAUCCUUUCUGGAAAAUCUAGAGAAAAAGUUCAAAGGAAGGGAAGUUUGAGUUGUCCAUUACGUGCCUCUAGAGGAAUAUUAUCUUUCUUUGCUACAAAACAAACGCAGGAUAGUCCCUUAAAUCCUAGAGAUCAUUUCUCUAAUAGCAACAAGACACCCUGUGCAUCUCCCUGUGAACCAGGAACCUCAGGCUUAAAUAGCAGUAGUUCCUCUUAUCUAUCAAGCCAGAAGGAUUAUUUGCAUUCCGUACACAGUAUAUUAAAAGAUGAGCAAAUGAGUCAAGGACCUAAAGAAUCUCAAAAAUCCCACUUUCCAAGUAGGAACCCCGCUGUGUCCAUUUUCCAUUCAUUUCCAAAUUUACAGAGUGAGCAACUUCUCUCCAAAAACCUCACUGCAGAUAGCCAUAAACAACUGACAGCAACAGUGUUGCAUCAUGCAGGACUUGCAGAAAACAGAGAGCAAGAUUCUUCUGCUGAGAAAAUUACUUUUCCUUCUGAUGUUGAUCCUGAUGUUUUCUAUGAACUACCAGAAGAGGUACAAAAAGAACUGUUGGCUGAUUGGAAGAGGACAUGAUCAGGUUUCCACAGUGUACCUAAAUAAACGUGCUCAGGAAAAAAGAUCUAAAAAACAAGGGAAAGACAUUGUUUUCAGAUUAGCAUUUUAUUAAACUCGUCUAAAUUAAACACUAAUAGAUAAUCAGUAAUGUAGCAAUCCAAUAUAAAAUGUCCCAAAUAAAGCAGAGUAGUUAUGGGAAGUAAAUUCUGGCACAAAGUAUAAAAAAUUUAUA